ACAAGAUUGGUCGCCAGAAUGCCGACAUAUUUCGAUACAGUCUCCAAGUCUUUUGCAGACGUACCCGUCACAGAUGCCGGCGUCGACACGGCUGCAUUCCUCGAAGCAUCAGAGGGCGUCGUCAAGCUGUUUGACUUAUUUGGCUCGGCUGCAUUUUCGGUCGUGCAGAAUGACAUGCGUGGCAACAUUGAGAAAAUCAAGGCAAGGUACAACAGCGACAAGACUGCCAAUGCUACUCUCGAGAGCCUUGUAGUGAACGAGUCAAAGGAGAAGAAACGAACCGCGACAGAGGGCUUGCUAUGGCUGCUAAGAGGCCUCAAGUUCACAUGCACUGCUCUGCAGCGAUCAGAAAAAGACCAAAGCGAAGAGCUAUCCGUCAGCUUCACGAAAGCUUACGAGGUCACCCUCAGGCAGUAUCACAGCUUCGUCGUCCGCCCUGUCUUCUCGCUUGCGAUGAAAGCGUGUCCCUACAGAAAAGUAUUCUACGAAAAGCUUGGCGGCGACGCGCCGGCUGCAAAAGUCCAGAGCGAGCUACAGAACUGGUUGACCGGUCUCGAGACCGUCGUCAAUCGUCUGGACAAAUUUUACGAAGAGGGCAAACACGCAAAAGGCCUCUAGACGCCCAUCACUGCAUUGUACAUAGUCUAGCUCGCUCCAUUGCGAUUGACAACAAACACGGGCGCGGCUUCCUUUGCAUUGAGUGGCGCUCUUGACGUCUUCACUGAUCGAGAGGCGAGAUCCGACCAUCUCCUGUGCUCUGAUGAGAUGCCGAGUUGGUCCAGGAUCAUUUGGGCCGCUGCAGGCAUGAAAGGCUGGUAGAGAAUAGCCGCGACCCGUAGAGUCUCCGCAGCAGUGUACACGCUGACUUGCGCAUCUGGCUGUCCUAUGCGUUCACCCUGCCACGGCGCUUCCUCUGCAAGAAAUGCGUUGGCCAUCGAGAGCAUGCGGACAACUUCCGACACUGCGUUGGCAACACGACACGAUGACAUGUGCUCUGCAAAUCGCUCUGGCAAUUCACCGAGCUCGAUCA